AUCCCGUGACCGGAAGUUGUGCCGGUCUCUUCCGGUCCCAAUUGGACAGCGGUACCCGCUAGCUUCCAGAGGACAUCCGCUCCGGCCCGGGAUAGAAAUGGGACGUUUCCGAAUUUUAUCCCAAACGAAUCGAUUUAAAGCGCUGACUCAGCAUCAAGCGUUGAAUAAUCGGUAGUUUUAGCGCUUUAAGUUUCUGUAUGGUUUAUUUCGGUACCGGUUGUGAAGUUAAAUCGGUGGAGUGGAAGUUGCCUGACUUGUUAGUGCCGGGGAAGGAAGUUUGUUGUGGCGAAGGAAGCGGGAGGGCCAGAAAACAUCCCGUCAUGAUGGAGGACUUCGGCUCGGCUCUGGAGAAGAACGUCGCAGACCUCACCGUGAUGGACGUCUACGACAUCGCCGCGGUGGUGGGGCAGGAGUUCGAGCGGAUCAUAGACCAGUAUGGCUGCGAGGCUCUGUCCAGGCUGAUGCCCAAAGUGGUGCGGGUGCUGGAGAUCCUGGAGGUGAUGGUGAGCCGCAGCAGCAUGAGCCCGGACAUCGACGAGCUGCGGCUGGAGCUGGACAGGCUGCGGCUGGAGCGGAUAGACCGGCUGGAGAAGGAGAAGAAGCACAGACAGGAGUUGGAGCGGGUGGAGGAUGUGUGGCGGGGAGAGGCCCAGGAUCUUCUGUCCCAGAUCGCUCAGCUGCAGGAGGAGAACAAGAACCUCCUCUCCAACAGGCCCCUGAAAGACUCGGUGAACGAGGAGGACCUGCAGAGACACGAGGGUAUGACGGAGAGAGAGAAGCAGGUGAUGAUGAAGUUGAAGGAAGUGGUGGACAAACAGAGGGACGAGAUCCGAGCCAAGGAUCGGGAGCUGACGCUGAAAAACGAGGACAUAGAAGCACUCCAGCAGCAGCAGUCCCGCCUCAUGAAAAUCAACCAUGACCUGCGCCAUAAGAUCUCGGUGGUGGAGGCUCAGGGGAAGGCUCUGAUCGGGCAGAAGGUGGAGCUGGAGGCCGGCGCCCAGACGCAGGCGCAGGAGGUGGGAGCCCUGCGGCAGGAGGUGUCCCGCCUGCGGGAGCGGCUUCAAGGAGAGCGGACCGCGCAGAACCCAGAGGAACUCCUGGUGCCUCACCCCCCGUCACCAGCAGAGCCUGAUAAAAGAGCCAGAGUGGAUUUGAGUGCUGAGGGUGGGUCAGACGGACGGGACGCCUACCAGCUGGUGCUGGGUGGGUUUGAUCCACCUCAGCAGCAUCUCGCUAGCUCCCUCGCUUCAGAAGGACGUGAAGAUGAGGAGGCUGAGGACGAAGCUGCGUUGCUUUGGGAGGCGAUGUGUGAUGAGGACAUGCCUGGUGUGUUCCAAUAUUUCACCAAGGAGGCGAUGUGCGAGGAGGAGCCGGGCGUUCUGGACCCGAAGGAUCCCAACAGGCCCCGCUUCACACUGCAGGAGCUAAGGGACGUCCUGCAUGAGAGGAAUGAGCUGAAGGCCAAAGUGUUCCUGCUACAGGAGGAGCUGGCAUACUACAAGAGUGAUGAAAUAGAGGAUGAUGCUACAACUCCGUCUCCAUCCCCGUCUCCUGAACUGGGGUCCCGCUCCAGAUCAGCAGCCCAGCCUGAAUCAGGAAUCAAACGCCUGUUUAGUUUCUUUUCACGUGACAAGCAGCGCGGCUCGCAGCGGGACGCCGGCGGCUUCGGCUCGUGGAUGCAGAGAGACGACGUGUACACGGAACAAGCCCAGGAGGCCCUGCAGCACCUCUAGAGAAGCUCCGCCCCAAAUCGCUCCCCCUGCACAUUAAACUGACUCAUCCUGCAAGCGGAAAAAAAGCAAACUUUGCUUCAAAGUGAGACGGACUGAAAGAAAGAAUGAAAAAAGAUUAUUUAAAGAGGCGUAGAGACGGAGCGGCUCUAAAAUGCUUCGGUUGCACAGGAGCUGGUUAGCCCACAUAGAUGGAGAGAGAGAAAGGGAUUUCUUUAGACUGAAGAAGGUUUUCCAGAUGACUGUUGGCUUUAUUUUUUUAUUCUAUGUAGUAGAAGGUUGAAGCAUGAAUGAAAACCCGACUCUUUAUGUAGUUUACAGUUAGGGCAGUAUUUUUUUUAUUUUUAUUCUUUAUUUAACUUUUUGCUGUCAUGUUGGCCCCAAACAUGGGAUCACUGCUCAGCAGCUCCACCAAUCAGAUCGAAGCCUGAGGAGGAAACGUGCCGUUGAAUCCUGAUUGAAACCAGCAGCAGAUAAAUGAGCUAAAGCACCUUAGCACAGCAGGAUAAACUGAAGCCCAUUUCUGCAAAGAGAAGCACAUGGGGACUAAGGUGAGCCGGCCUCAAAACGACAAACUAAAAUACUAAAACAGCACAUUUUGGGUUUAUUUACACCCUGUCCACCUUCCCAUUCAGAUUAUGGGAUUAGAUUUAACACACGGAAUAUAUUUUACUUUAUAUUUAAAAAAAAA